AUGGCUGAGUCUUACCAAGAAGGCCUCUCCCCUCCUCUCCAGGCCUCGUGGAACUGGGUGAUGGUUAAUGCCAAGCCCUCCUCCUUUCCGCAACAGGUGAAUCCAUUCAGGGACAGGAUCUGCAAGGUGUUCUCCUCGGAUGGCUACUUUACAUUCGAGGACAUCGUCGGGAUGGCGUCCAUCUUCAGCGACCUGGCCUGCCUCAGCCUUAAGAUUGAGUAUGCUUUUCGGAUAUACGAUUUCAACGACGAUGGCUUUAUUGAUAAAGAAGACCUCCAAAACGUCAUCCGCAGAUUGGUCCACGAGAACAAGCUCAGCGAGGAAGGGAUCAUGUCCCUGGCCAACCAGGUCCUGGAGGAGGCAGAUUUGGAUAAUGACAAAAUGCUCUCCCUGGCAGAGUUCGAGCACGCCAUGUCAAAGUCUCCAGACUUCCUACAGUAA